UUCUUGGGUUGUAGUAAUAUCUGUCCUGCUCAAAACUUAUUUAAAGAACGGGUUCAAUAUUCUUUAACCUUUAUUUUGUUUUAAAUAGAAGCUGAAUUGAUUACAAGUUGAACGCUUAAUGUAUAUAGCCCAUAAAAACUUGUGAGUGUUGGGAACAUCUCGGCCUAACCAGCCGGUCUAAAGACAACACAACAAGCAGACGGAUUAUUGUAGUAACUCAUUCUUAUAAUUGAAACAAUUGCGCCAGCAAGUAAAACUGAGGAUCUACUUGCUGUAGUAAACGAUCUAUUAGGAUCAAAUGAAACUAGUUUGGAAUCUGUUGCUAAGUAAGAACUCAAUAAUUGGCUUAUCUAAAAUGUCACGAGUAAACAUUAGUCAGAAAGCAAUAAUAGCUGUGUGUCAAAUGACUGCCACUGAAAACAAGGAUGCCAAUUUAAAGGUGUGCAAAGAUCUCAUAACAUCUGCCAAGAAAUUUAAUGCUCAGGUUAUUUUCCUGCCAGAAGCAUGUGAUUAUGUGGGUAAGAACAAACCACAAACUAUUGAAAUGGCUGAAGAUGUAAAUGGUCCAACUUUAAGUGCAUACAAGGAACUAGCCAAGCAACAUAAUGUAUGGCUCUCAUUGGGAGGAAUUCACAUCAAGGUAGAUGACAAAACAGUCAGGAAUGCCCAUGUCCUGCUAAAUUCAAAUGGAGAAAUAGAAGCAGAUUAUUCCAAACUGCAUCUUUUUGAUGUGGAUUACAAAGAGGGUAAUGUUCAUCUUAAAGAGUCAUCGUACUGUAAACCAGGAACAAAACUUUUACCUCCAGUAUCAACGCCUGCAGGAAAUAUCGGUCUAUCAAUUUGUUAUGAUUUGAGGUUCCCAGAGGCUAGCGUUAGCCUGAGGAUGCAAGGAGCCGAUAUCUUAACUUAUCCCUCUGCCUUUACAUUUGCUACGGGAGCUGCUCACUGGGAACCGUUACUACGUGCAAGGGCAAUUGAAACACAAUGUUACGUUGUUGCUGCUGCCCAAAGUGGCAUGCACAAUGAAAAACGUACGUCAUGGGGACAUGCAAUGAUUGUGGAUCCAUGGGGUGCCAUAGUUGCCCAGUGUUCUGAAGGUAAUAAUGUAGCUGUUGCUGAAGUUGAUCAUGAGCUGUUACGAAAAACAAGACUCUCAAUGCCAGUACUGGAACAUAGAAGAAAUGAUGUAUACCCCUCCCUUAAAGUGCACUGCGUCUCACAACCGCAAGAAGACACAGAGUCAAAACAAUUCCAGUUUGGUCAGGUCUAUGUGAAAGGAAGUGGAAUAUUUGCACAAACUCACUCUUCAAUGGCAUUUACAAAUAAGAAGUGUGUUGUUCCAGGACAUGUUUUAGUUUCACCACUCCGAUGUGUACAAAGGAUGUCUCAGCUAAAUCCCGAAGAAGUUGCUGACCUCUUUAUGCUCGUGCAUAAAGUUGCUCCAAUUAUCGAAAAGGCAUUUAAAGGGACAUCUUCAACAAUCGUAGUGCAGGACGGAAAGGAUUCAGGACAAACCAUUGAGCAUGUUCAUGUACAUAUUCUGCCUCGUCGCCCAGGGGACUACCUCAACAAUGAUGACAUUUACAGGGACCUUGCUAAACAUGAUAAAGAUGACUCCACUGGUCGGUGGCGCACCGAGGAAGAGAUGGCGGCGGAAGCCAAGACGCUCAGACCCUAUUUUACGUAAUUUCAACGCAUGAUUACAAGGCAUUUUUCCGUAUCUUACCUACAAUCUAUUAACAUGAUCAUUACAUAAAAGAACUAUUUUCA